AAUAUAUUGAAAUUAAUACUUCAAGUAUCAAGAUUCUUCGUAUGAUACUUCCAAUUAUCGACACUAUAAGUGCAUUUCUUCACUUCCCCUUCUAAGUGUAUUCCUUCAAAAGUCCACCAUGAAGUUCAUAUUGAUUGUUGCGGUGAUGUCCUGUUUAUAUAUGUAUACGAAUCAAGAACAUAUAGAAAGAUUAGAAGAUGUGCUAGCUUAUGGUAUAGAAAAACCGAAGAAAACUAAACGCGAAGUUGAGGAAUCAAAAACGAGCACGCAGUCACAAUUCCUCCAAUUCGUCGAAGAACAGUUAAUACAGCACACACAAGCAUUGGAACGUAUUUUAAAAACUACAGCAAACAACGAGGAAUUGUUACAAGCAUUAAUAGAACAUUUUUUAAACAACAUGGAUCAGCCCAAAAUGCCUGAAAAGAUCGAGGUACAUGUACCAACAAGGAGGACCUACAAUGAAGAUUCAGAGAACCCUCUGGUUAUGUUUGGAAAGGGGUUUUCAACUUAUGGAAGCCUGUUGAAAGACAUAAUAAUACGGAGGUUUGAAACAGUUGAAACGCCAAAAGAACUUGAUGAAAAUUCCAUAAAGACCCGUCGAGAUAAUGGAAGACACCCGAUAAUGACUCAAGGUAAGAGUGAUCGCAGUGUAAGCCCGUGGUGUUCCAUCGCUGUGCUAUGCCACAAAAAAUUCAACCCUAUUUGUGGAUUCGAUGACAACUUUGGAUAUGGAAAAUUUGACGAUCUUUGUCAUAUGUUACAAGUUAACUGCUAUUGGAAAUACAAUUUUGCUCUCGUGCCGUCUUGUAGACCAAUGAAAAAGUAAAUUCAUGACUUCAAAUAUGUAUUUAUUUAAUAAAUUAUGCUAAUAAUAA